GGCUCGACUCUCCCUCAGUCUGCUGUGUGGCUCGGGAGGGAGAGUGAGUGAGCACACGAGUCGGUCUGACGCUGCCGCCGCCGCCGCUUCUGUUCCCAGUUCAUUCCUUCGAGUUCGGUGUCGCUUGCCUUGCCCCAGACCCACUCCAGCCCCGUCGGUGCCUCCUUCGCACUGCCACGGCCCAUGUUAUCUCCGUCAGGAUAUUUUGGCGCCAAUUUGACGAGUCUUUGCUCGAUGGCAGCGGUGGUUUAGCGCAGACGGACAAGGUUUCGCGUCCCUUUCCAGUCGCCCCGCCAGACGGCUUUCUUCUGAUUGUGGGUCUUGCUGGACAAGUCUUCGUCGGGCGUGUUUACGAGGGUGUAGAGAGGUGCGGUGUGUGGUCCAUGCCGUCCCUCGCCUACUCGCACACGCCACGCCUCAGGUUACUCUAGAUACCCUGAGCAGUAGCAGUCAGGGAAGCACUGGGGUCGAGUAGCGUUAGGCUUGUGUCGCGUCUGCCCACACUUCAGGACACAGCGUGGAGGGCAUGUGGGUGUAGUGCGGCGCGGGAAACACACUCUUCGGGGUGAUGCUCCGCCGCCCAUUAUGAACACGUCAAAUGGUGAUGGUGGUGGUGUCAUUCUGAACGGUCACCACUCGACUUUAUCGGACGCGAGGAGCAACAGUAACGCAGCCGCCGCCGCCGCCGCAAUCAUGGGCAAGCUAACCGCGGGGGACAACAACGCCAUCAGCAACAACAACAACAACGUCACCGUCAAUGGACAGAAGACACAGACAGACGGCCGGGCCAGCGGGGGCGUGACAGGGUCUGGAGGGCGCCGAGGAGAUCCCCGUUACCUGGAUGUUAUUCGUGAGCGUCCCAUCAGAGUGACCGUCAAGGUGCUCGUACCUGUGAGAGAACACCCAAAGUUCAACUUCGUGGGCAAGCUGCUGGGGCCCAAAGGCAACUCUAUGAAGCGACUACAGGAGGAGACGCUGACGAAGAUGGCAGUGCUAGGACGAGGUUCCAUGCGAGACAAACAGAAGGAAGAGGAGCUCCGUGCCUCGGGGGAUCCCAAGUAUGUGCACCUGCUGGAGGACCUGCACGUGGAAAUCACAGCCUUCGCGUCCCCCGCCGAGGCACACGCGCGCAUUGCCUACGCGCUGGCCGAGGUGCGCCGCUACCUCGUGCCGGACAACAACGACGACAUUAGAAAGGAGCAGAUCAGAGAGAUGGAGCUGAUCAGCGACCCCCAGGCGGCAGGGGGAGCCGCCCAGACACCUGAGGGAGGUGGUGCAGGAGCCGCAGGAGAGCGUCCGCCACCUGCCCUCACGCCACCAGAACUGCUAUCACCAGAAGGGCCAGACUGCAGGGGCACCGUUGUGGGUCCAGCGCCCCCCGGCCCCGCUCUGCCCCCAGGCCUCCGUGGACGCGUCCCUCCCCCACAUCCACGCCUCCUUCCAGCCCACGCCGCCCGAGGUCUCCCGCCGCUGGUGAGGAAGCUGCCCGCCGCCAUGCCGCCCCCAGUGCCGCCGCCACCCGCCAAGCGUCGAGUGCUCUCCAUCCUCGACAAGGCCAAGCUCGCCCUCGACCACAGCUACGGCCUGCACGAGGACGACCCCAGGCACUACUUCGAUGCCCCUGAGUUCGCUUACGAUGAAUAUGGAGAUUAUGGUCCCGAAGAUUUUCCCGAAGUGUACAAUGGCGAGGCAUACGACGGGGCGGGGGGCGGGCGGUGGCUGGCCUACAAGCACACCCUGCCCUCGGCCAUGGACCGAGCCAGGUGCCGCACCUCACCCUAUGCCAGACCCAAAUAGGGCCACUCGCCAUUUUUUUUCUCGCCUCCCUUACCGAGAGUCUCCAUUAAGGUCCAAUUUUUUGCCACUUUAGAAAAUACACAAAAACUAUCUUAAUAAAAAAAAAGUUUUACAUACCGUCUCCACAGAGGCGUCUCCCUCCUCUGUCCUAAUUUACAAUAAAAUAGUUUUGCGUCAGUUUCUAGUCAAAUCAGCUUUUUAAAAGUCUACAUAUAACAUAACGCCUUUCCUGAUUUCAGUUCCUUUCACCUUUCUCAAAAAUAACACAAAACAAGCGCUUUCUGACCUUAAAAAAUCUUAAAUUCAAUCAUAAAAAAUUCCAAACCAAGUGUCAUUUCUCCAUAAUACCUUUCUACUCUAAGUACAAAUGGGUAAAGAAUAUUAAACAAAAAAAAAAAAAAAAAAUACAACCGUGCAAUUAGAAUUAUAUACUAUUUAUCUUCGAGUCCUGACGACUGGGAUUCAGGACAGUAAAUAACAUAAUCAGUUCUGUUAACUCUUAAGACCCAUUUCCCUUUUUUCUCCCCUCCCCCCAUGAUCCACCUUGACUGGUUAACGUUAAGAACUCCUUAUUAAUGUCCAAUGAACUAACCAACAGAACCAAAACUAUAUAUAUAAAUACACGUUAAGAACAAACAGGUCAACCCUUUUAUUACUGAACAAAAAGUAGCAGAUGUUUUUAUUUCCCCACUUCAUAAAAAUAGUAUAGACAACCCUCAUUCUCUCUCUCUCUCUCUCUCUCUCUCUCUCUCUCUCUCUCUCUCUCUCUCUCUCACUCUCUCUCGCCUCAUACACACCCACAAACACGCACACACGCGCACACACCAUCAUUAUUACUGGAAGAACAACUAUAGAAUGUAAUAAUUAUUUUGGUAAAGAAACUAUAUUGUAUAGAAACAAGGCAAGUGACCAGAGCAGCCCUGAGCGUGACACAGAAAAGGAAUGAAGUGUUUGUGUGUAUGUGUUGUUAAUGGCUGUGCCAGUACGAAGAGAACCUACCAAUGCUGAAGAGAAGCUAUUGGGAGAAAAGUUGAGUCUGCGGUACUAAAGAAAUUAUCAAGAUGUUUUCACUGCUUUUUGACUGUCAGGUUUGAGAAAAAUCAAAAUAUUAUCUGUUUCAUCAUUGUACCCUACCUUUCUUCAGUGUUUAGUAGUAGUAGUAGUAGUAGUAGUAGUAGUAGUAGUAGUAGUAGUAGUAGUAGUAGUAGUAGUAGUAGUAGUAGUAGUAGUAGUGCGGGCUGGCAUCGGUGUGUGGGAGAUGACACACACACACACACACACACACACACACACACACACACACACACACACACACACACACACACACACACACACACACACACACACACACACACACACACACACAUAAAGCAAAACACAGAAUGCAACACUACCUCAAAGCCGAGUAAAAUCAAAUAAAUGACGAUUAUGCAACACAAAAUCAUUACCAAAAGCCACACAUGAUGUGCACGACACACUACAUAAUCAGCAACACAGCACACGUAACACACAGCGCAACACAAACACACGCAACACUGCCCGACGCGUUCUACUGCAUAUUGUGGAAACGCUUAAGAAUAAAACACUGUAAAGCAGACGAUAAAACACUUGACAAAAAUACGCUCCCCCAAAAAAUUCCCUUAAAUUAUCCCAUUCAUUAAGUUAAAAUUACAUGGACACACACACACACACACACACACACACACACACACACACACACACACACACACACACACACACACACACACACACACACACACACACACACACACACACACACACACACUGCUGGCCCGUACAAACCAACCAAUCAAACAGGGAAGGCAACGAAAGGAAUAUAGGAAAAAAAAAAAAAACGAAAAUAAAGAUCAAUGAAAAAGAGUAAACGAUCUUUUUGCACGUACACGCGGACAUGCGCACGUACACACACACACACGAGGCGACGCACACGGGCUGCUUUGGUCACGUGGCAUCCCGUGUUUUAUCUUUCUUCGCCCUAGAAUUUAGUAGGCCUGAGGGCGCAUCCUCCACCUUAACGGGGCCUACCUCUUCUACUACAACUACCUCCUCCUCCCCCCUCCUCGUUCCCCCCCCUUCGUCCUCCCUUCCUCCUCCUCCUACUCCAAUUCCUCCUGCUCCUCCUCCUCCACCACCGCCACUACGCCAAGGGAAGGGGGCGAGGCGGGAGGGCUAGUAUUAUUCACCUACAUCAAGAGUAUUCACGUAUUUGGUGCUAGUAUUGAUGGUGAUGGUCGUUGUGGUGGUGAGUGUGGUGAGUGGUGGUGAGUAGUGGUUGUGGUGGUGGUGGUGAGGGCCGGCCCCGUUGGUGGUGAUGUUGCCUGCAGUGUGAUGCUGCCCUCAGCAAAACUUUAGCAAGAGUCAGCAGCAGGUAUGUAUUUUGUGAUGUUAUUCGUAAAUAAAAAAUAAAAUAAAAUAAAGAUACAACUCAUAAGUAAAAUAUAUAUAAAAAAAAAUACUAUAAAAAAAAUCGCCCCCUCUACCCUCCCUUCCCCCCACACACCCAAUCAAUGUCCAAGUUUAAUUUUGUAGAUCGCACACCUGUGUCACGAACUAUUUUCAUCAUCACCGUUUUUCGAACAAUAAAAUAAAGAAAAAUAUAAAGUGGAAAAAAUCAAGUCAGCGAACCAACCAAUCACCGUAAGGUAGUGAGUGAAUAGAGCCAAUAAGAACCCACCCCGAUGCUUUCAUUCAUUCAUCCCGCCAACCAGACCUUCGCCACGCAUCACCUGUACAUCCACACGCCGCCGCCAGGUGAACACGAGGGCGGUACAUAUGGCUACUACUUCACUAAGCUCUUUUAUCUGUGUAAAGAUAAACAUAUUAAAAAAAACCGGUUCCAAGUAUUGGGAAUGAGUGUUAAAUACGUAUUAAGGUUUUAAUAGUAUGGCCACUAGAAGAUUAAAUAAUAAUUACGCUAAGUUAAAAAAGUAUAUAUAUUAGAAUACAAGGUGGCAGGUUAGCAGACAGACCACAGGCGGGGCGCCCACUACCACUGCUGCUUCUUGGACCAAACCAUCGCCCCGCCUCUGGUCUGCCUCGCCGCUCCCUUCGCCACACAAAUAUUUGGAAACCUAAUUGUAAGACGGAGAGGGGCGGGUCUGGCCUCACCCUGUGGUGCCCGGCCGCGCCCCGCUGCCAGCACACCCUCGUGCCCCUCGCCAGGACGGGUCACGCACGCAACACGCCCGCACGCCCUUCACAGCCCAUCACCAAGGAGGGAGAUGACUCGGAGCUCAUCUCCCUUCCUGUCCUGCAUACAAACUUCAUGAAACAUUGCAACCAUCUCUUGCCUGAGUUAUGAAGGGCAAGGUGGGUAGGUUAUAAUGGCGUUCAGUAUAAUAACAAACAUCUUAUUCAAUACAGUGAUUGCAAAUCUGAUAAGUUUUAGAGAUAUACACAUGCCAAUAUAUGAGAGACACGAGACAAAUGCAUUUUUACAUACAAACAAGUGUGACAUAUCACAUGAAAAGAAUACAGCAUUUUGUGUCGUGUUUUUGCUGUGUUACCGAGCAGGGAGUCCCUCGGGGUUUGGGAGGCGUUCAAUGGGAUUUAGGGAAGAUGUCACCAAUGUCGAGGCGAGGCGGCGUUAGUGCGUGCGUGAUAUCAAGGGGCAGGGGGAGUAGCGCCGCGACGUCCUCUAAGUCAUCUGGAGGCGUAAGGCGACUCCAAAUCUAUUUCAUGAUUAUAAUAAUUAUAAUAAUAAUGUCUGGUGUUGUGAAUCUUUAAUUGUUUAUUGACUUUGUGACUUAUUUAUUUAUACAUCAAUUUUCGAUCGACUUCGUUUCAUCUCCUCCCUUCCUCUUCCGUUUUAUUUUUAUUAUUAUUCUACUUCACCCAUGGCCAUUUGCUUGGUUUUACAUGUUUUAUCACUGAGCAUUAUUAUAUCAGUAGGCGACGGCUGUAUCCGUGUCUUUGUAAUAAACCAAAAAGACUGAAA